AUGUGCAGAAGGCACAAGUCUGGUCCCUAUGGCUACACGCAAGCUAAAGCUCUUGUUUACUCAAAAUACGGAGAGCCAUCUGAUGUGCUAUCUCUCCACACUCACUCGAUCUCCCCCUCCCUCCCAUCCAGCGCCGUCCUCCUCCGCACUCUCGCAAGCCCAAUCAACCCAGCAGAUAUAAACCAAAUUCAAGGCGUGUACCCCGCCAAGCCACCUUUUACAUCCCUCCUCGGGACCUCUGCUCCCAGUGCUGUUGGCGGCAACGAAGGCUGUUUCGAAGUUGUGUCUGUUGGCUCACACAUAAAAUCCGUUUCGAAAGGCGACUGGGUGAUCAUGAAAAACACUAGUUUCGGAACGUGGCGGACACAUACAUUAGCAGGAGAGAAGGACAUUCUCAAAAUUGAUAGCAAGGAGGGCUUGACACCUCUCCAGGUUGGCACAGUCUCAGUGAAUCCAUGCACAGCCUAUAGAAUGCUGCAAGACUUUGAGGAGAUGAGAGAAGGAGACUGGUUUAUUCAGAAUGGGGCGAAUAGUGGUGUUGGCCGAGCUGCCAUACAAUUGGGAAGGCAGUGGGGGUUAAAGUCGAUCAAUAUCAUUCGGGAUCGGCCAGAUGCAGUAGCGACUGAGGCAAUGAAGAAUGAGUUGCUCGAAUUAGGAGCUACGAAAGUUGCCACAGAGAGCGAACUGAUGGACCAAGGUUUCAAAGAGCAAGUCAAAGAAUGGACAUCUGGUGGCAGAGAGCUGGUCAAGGUGGGGCUGAAUUGUGUAGGGGGAAAGCCGACCUCUGCUCUAAUAAAAUGCCUUUCUCCCUCAGGGCACCUCAUCACUUACGGAGGCAUGUCAAAGCAACCACUGGCACUACCUACCAGUGCUUUGAUAUUCAAGGACAUCAAGUUCAGUGGAUUUUGGGUCAGCAGGUGGAGCGACGCACACCCAGACGACAAAAAGAAAACAGUCGAAGAGGUUCUCAAGAUGACGAGGAAAGGCACAUUCAAAGAUAUCCCGGUACAAGAACUCCGGUGGGACUGGGGAACUGAGGAGUCGACACUCAAGGAAGCUGUUCAGGGUACAUUGGGCGGCUUCAGGGCUGGAAAGAGCGUCUUCAUCUAUGGAGAUACAUGA